UGUAAACUUCAGACAAAAGCGGGGCCGGCUGCUCGGCGAUGCCGCUGGAAACGCGCCUCGUGUGGUCUUGUUUACUAGCAGCAACUGGGAGGCGUGAGCGCGCGCGCUUUUUGGAGUGAUCUGACAAUUACACCGCCAAGGUCACCUCAUACAUACAUCGCACAUUUUUUUAUCCCGAGUUUAUUUUUUUGUUGUUUCUUUACUGAGGAGAUGCUAUGUAAAAUAUUUUUUUAAAUAUGCUAGAGAAAUGGGUAGAAGACGACGUGUGUUUUCGCAAUGUACAUGAAAUGAAGACGAAAGAGAAACAAGUGAUGGAAUCCUUCGAAAAACAGUAUAAGGUGGGGCAGCUGCUUGGAAGUGGAGGCUUUGGAACCGUCUAUGCAGCUCAGCGCCUUUCAGAUGGUCUGCCGGUUGCAGUGAAACACAUUUCAAGGGAUAAGAUCCACCAUUGGGCCCGGAUUCCUAAUGAAUCUGUGCCAGUGCCAAUGGAAAUUGCUCUUCUACAGCGUUUACGGAGUGGGGGCUCUCUGAACCCUAAAGGCAUAAUCAAAAUGAUAGAUUGGUUUGAGAAACCGGGAGAUGGCUACUUGAUUGUUUUGGAAAGGCCCCAAAUGUGCCAGGACCUUUUUGACUUUGUAACUGACCGUGGUCCUCUGGAAGAACCCCUGGCGCGAAGGUUCCUUCAACAGAUCACGCAAGCACUGCAGUACUGCCAUGCAUGUGGAGUUGUCCAUCGUGACAUAAAGGAUGAAAACAUUCUCUUAGAUAUGCGCACUGGAGAAAUUAAAAUAAUUGACUUUGGAUCCGGUGCUGUACUAAAAGAUACGCCCUACUCAGGUUUUGAAGGUACUAGAGUGUACAGUCCCCCUGAAUGGAUUACAAGUCAUCAGUAUCGGGCCGAGCCUUUAACAGUUUGGUCUCUUGGCAUUCUUCUGUUUGAUAUGGUUUGUGGGGACAUUCCAUUUGAGAAUGACAAAGAAAUUCUCCAGGGGAAGCUACACUUCACUAAAAGAAUAUCAGCAGAAUGCCAGUCACUUAUUCGGUGGUGUUUGGCUUUUGCUGCAGAUGACCGUCCAUCCCUUGAACAGAUACUCUCUCAUUCUUGGAUGACUGUGUCCACAGAAGAUGAUGACUUUGCUCAAGAAUCCUACAAUUUGGCACGUAGCAAAGACAGUUUAUGAGUGAGAGUUAAAGGAUCCUGGACUUCAUUGAGCAAUAUCAGAUUCCUUUGUAUAGGUUCUCUUGUUUUUAGUGCAAGUUGUAAGAUUCAGGAAUGUGCACCUUAAUUUUGGAUGUUUUAAGUGCCCUUUUUAUCUGUUGUUUAACAUCUGCAGGUAUAGAAUUGCAUACCAAAAAUGGCUACUUAUUUAACUUAUUUACUCUUGGUGGCUGUUUGUUUAGGAAGCACUUCCUUUCCUACCUCGACUUUUUCCCUUGGAAAAAGGACUUUAUAACUUGUUCCUGAAAUACAGUUUUAUAUUAUUAUUAAAUGCAUUUAUUAGUUAUAUACUGUUCAUUUAUAAACCUGGUUUUACAGGUAAUUAGUAUUAGUAAGGGGAUCACACUACCUCUUUUUGAGCAUCAACAGGGUUUAAAUUCUUGAAAUAGAUUUAAUUAAAAUAGAUAGCAAGAUCAGAUUGAAUGACAUAGAUGCCUGCCAUUUUUCAAGUGUGUUCAAGUUUCCAGGCAUUGGAUGUACUGACAGAAUUUAGAACAAUAAGGCUUGGAUGUAAAAGUCAUUUUUACUGUUACCAUUUUGGAGUGUUGACCGAUUCCUAUUACCAUUUUAUAUUAACUUAAAAACCUAUCCUGCCUACAACACAACUGUGAGCACUACCAAUUUAUGUCAAAUGUCAGUGAGCCAUUCCAUAGUUUAGAGUUGUAACAGUUAUUAAAAUGAUUGAUUUUUACCAUUUGUACAAAGUAAGCAUCAGCAAAUGGUCAAUUUAAUGUAUAAUUCUAAAUGUAUUUGCUGUAUUUAGAACAUAACACAUAUAGGUAAACUGAAAGCAAGAGCAAAAUAAUAAAAGGUGACUUACAGAGGUUUUGAUUUUCAAAUCAAUAGAGUAAAUCGCCCAGCCCUAGUGACAGCUAAUUUGUUUUUCAAUCUGAUAUUUUGUUGCAUUAUCUUUUAAUUAAAAUAAACAUUACUAGCAGACAGACAAAAAUUGAGUUACCUUUUUGGGGCUCAGUAUUUUUUGAAUAGGUGCGACAAGUCAACACUAGGUUUUUUUCUAAGCAUGUUUGAAUGUAAAUUUGUUUAUUUUUGUACACUUGCCAAGGAAGGGUUAGUAAAUAAUUUCUAUAAUGCUCAGGAAAAUUGUAUGUUUAUAAAUCAGCACUUUGAAUGCAGUAUUGUCGUCUUGUCAGUAUCUGCAUUUUGAUCAAGUUGGGACCUCGCUAUAUAUUUGUGUACAUUUAAAAAAUGUUUCCUCAUUCAGGGUCGGCUGAGUAUUGUACAGCUGACUAUUGUACAGUUGGUGCCUGUUAUAUUAACAUGUAUUCUUUUUUGUUUAAUAUUAAACGUGUGGUUCAGUUCUGAGAAAUAUUUUUGUAAAAUAAGAUUUUUGUGUGAAACUUUUGUUGUAUAUAUUUUCCUAAAAAUUAUUGUGGAAUUUGAGUCAACUUGUUUUUAUGUUAUUUGAGUACUUGUGUAAUUAUUCUUGUGGACUGUGACUUUUUAUUAUUUAAAUGAGGUAUAAUCAGUUAAAAGUGUUUGGUCCAGACCAUAUUGUUCCUAUUUAUUAAAUUCAGAGCAUGAAGUUGUCACUCUAAACUCACAAUGUGUUACAUAAAUGUAUAUAA